AUGACUACGAACAGGCAAAGGACGCUGAUCAUCCAUGAUGCUUCGAAACAGCUCAGUAUUUCUCUUAGGAGCAUGGUGGUUCAGUUAUCGCUCAGCUAUGGUAGCAUCAUCAAGCUUCUUGUGAUCACUGAAGCUUUUACAGAGAAACAUAGAUUUCAAGCUAAGAGAUGUGGCCUCGUGCUAAAAUCCAAGACGCAUUCAAGUGCAACGAUUAACAAACACAAGGCAGAUAUCAAAGAAGAAAUUUACAAGACACUUGUCAGAUACUCAACCUCACUGGAGUUUAAAGAGAUGUUGGUUGCUGCAGAUAUGUUACAGGUUGAAUUUGGGAUCACGGUAGAAGCCGGCAUGCUGAAAGAAGUAGCAGUCGAAUACGCUAAAAGUUACCAGGCCACGCAUGUAGUUCUUGGAAGAAACACAAGGCCAUGGUAUAGACAGAAGAUGAACUUCACUUAUGCUGAGCUGCAGAUUGCAACAAAUGGCUUCUGCUCUCAGAACUUGAUGUCGGAUCAUGGAAGCAAAACCUAUCUCGGAUUGUUGAACGAUCAGAGGAAAAUUCUGAUCAGGGAGACCCCUUCAGUAACAAUGGGAGAGGAAGAUUAUCAGAGAGAGGUUCGGAUGCUGGAGGGAGUUAGGCAUUCGAAUGUGGCGUUGCUCAUAGGGUCGUGCUCAGAGGGACCAAACAGAUUCCUCGUGUAUGAGUACAUCUGCAACGGUUCUCUCAACACACAUCUAUCUGAUGGAAACAAGAAGAUGACAUGGGAAAUACGAAUAAACAUAGCAUACGGUGCAGCUAAAGGGUUGGCAUACUUGCACGAAGAAGGAAUCUAUGGAAGCAUGAGGCCAAGCAACAUCCUUGUAACACAUGAUUUUCAACCGAUGCUGUCGUACUACGGAUUUAUGAAUGAAUACGAGACGUUAGGAGAGCGGUCAGCCAUGAAGACUUAUGAACACUUGGCACCAGAGUACGAUGAAACUGGGAAAGAAGUGAGUAAAGCUGAUGUGUUUGCGUUUGGCAUGGUGCUUCUCGAGCUGAUCACAGGGAGAAAGACGAUAGAAGACACCGAUGGCCAAAGCUACUUGAGAUGGGCGAGGCCGCUGCUAAGGCAAAAGAAAUACACAGAACUAACAGAUCCAACGCUGAAAGAUAGCCCCGAUGUUUACCAGCUCUACUGGUUGGUUCGCAUGGCUGAUAAAUGCCUCAGCUUGGAUCCCAAUAGUAGAUACUCAAUCAACAAGGUUGUGAAAGCAUUGUCGGACGUUAUAAAUCGCUGUGGUGUUGAAGAAUUCUCUCCUACUGAAUCUGAAUUGUGAGAAUUUGGUGUAUUAAUGUUCUACCUUUUGAGAGAUAAGUCAUGCUUGAUGAUAC